ACAGGCGGGAUUACGUGCUGGACGUAGCCAUUAGGUUUGUUAUGUUGUUCCGGUCUACCUAACCUAGUAGCACCGAGUAGCAUCGGUAGCAAAUUGAGAAGAGCCACAAUCCUAGUCAGAAAUUAGCUGCAGUAAAAUCAAGUGGAGGCUCUUGUAUGUCAACAAGGUGCUCAGAGGGCUGCGGAAAUCCUUUUCUUAAAAAGCGGAGCGUUGGACUUUUUAAACUGGGGUGUCCAUCUCUUUUGAGUAUACCCUGCUAGCACUGGCUUCCACCCUGUGACUGAUUGGGCACUAGAGGGGCCCCAUCAGAGCAAGGACCCAAACUGUAGCUCCAGGUCUCCUCUUGUCUGUGUGUGUGUGUGAGACCUUUUGUUGAGUCCUCUGGAGACUCCCGGCUUGCCCAGCUAAGAUGUCCUCCAUCUUGCCGUUCACCCCUCCUGUGGUGAAGAGGCUGUUGGGCUGGAAGAAGUCUACUAGCGGCCCCGGCGGAGCAGGUGGCGGGGAACAGAACGGGCAAGAGGAGAAAUGGUGCGAGAAGGCUGUGAAGAGCUUAGUGAAGAAGCUAAAGAAGACCGGCCAGCUAGAUGAGCUGGAGAAAGCAAUCACCACACAGAACUGCAACACCAAGUGUGUCACCAUCCCCAGCAAUUGCUCUGAAAUAUGGGGACUGAGUACACCAAAUACGAUAGAACAGUGGGAUACAUCAGGCCUAUACAGCUACCCUGACCAAACCAGAUCCCUGGAUGGCCGCCUGCAGGUCUCCCACAGGAAGGGGCUUCCCCAUGUUAUCUACUGUCGCUUGUGGCGAUGGCCAGAUCUUCACAGCCACCACGAGCUUCGCGCCAUCGAGGCUUGUGAGUAUGCCUUCCACCUCAAGAAGGAUGAGGUCUGCAUCAACCCCUACCACUACCAGAGGGUGGAGACACCAGUGCUGCCUCCUGUUCUUGUGCCAAGACAUUCAGAAAUCCUGCAAGAUCUCCCACCUCUGGAUGACUACACUCAUUCCAUACCUGAGAACACAAACUUCCCUGCAGGAAUCGAACCUCCAAACAACUAUAUACCAGAAACGCCUCCACCAGGCUACAUCAGUGAGGAUGGGGAGGCAAGCGAUCAGCAGAUGAAUCAAAGUAUGGACACAGGUUCUCCAGCAGAGCUCUCCCCCAGCUCCCUGUCUCCUGUCAACCACAGCAUGGACCUCCAGCCGGUGACUUACUCUGAGCCAGCUUUCUGGUGCUCUAUAGCCUAUUAUGAGCUGAACCAGCGUGUUGGGGAGACGUUCCACGCCUCCCAGCCCUCGCUGACGGUGGACGGAUUCACAGAUCCAUCAAACUCUGAGCGCUUCUGCCUAGGCCUGCUGUCUAAUGUCAACAGGAACGCCACUGUGGAGAUGACCCGGAGGCACAUAGGAAGAGGAGUAAGACUCUACUACAUUGGUGGGGAGGUAUUUGCUGAGUGCCUGAGUGAUAGCGCCAUCUUUGUCCAGAGUCCAAACUGCAACCAGCGGUAUGGCUGGCAUCCAGCAACUGUGUGUAAAAUUCCUCCAGGUUGUAAUCUAAAAAUCUUCAACAACCAGGAGUUUGCAGCCCUGCUGGCUCAGUCAGUCAACCAGGGCUUUGAGGCUGUUUACCAGCUCACCAGGAUGUGCACCAUCCGCAUGAGCUUUGUCAAAGGCUGGGGAGCCGAGUACAGGCGGCAGACUGUCACAAGCACUCCUUGCUGGAUUGAGCUGCAUUUGAACGGCCCUCUGCAGUGGCUGGACAAGGUUCUGACCCAGAUGGGUUCCCCGUCUGCACGCUGCUCCAGUAUGUCCUAAACCGCUCAAGAAAUGCCCCCAAAAAACGCAGCCCUCUACACAAUCAUUAAAUUCCCAACUUGUGAGUCCUUUCAUGGAGAAAAAAAAAUGGAUACUCCACAGAAUGAAUUUUCUGUAACAUUCUCCAUAGUAUUUGUGGCCCUGUUCCACAUCCCUCUUUUAACUUUAUAGAUAUAUAUAUACAUAUAUACACAUACACACACACACACAAACAAAUGCACCUAUACUGUUGCAGUCACACAUACAGACUUCAGUAAAAAAAAUAAAAAAAAUAAUUGGCACUUUGUUACCUAUCUAUGUCAUGCACCUUGUUAAAUUGCUUUUCCCCAAAUCCUUAAUAUUAGAUCUAUUUGUGGUACAAAUGAAAUGUAUAUUGGUUUUUAGUCCAGGAAGUAGGGGAAAUACCAAAAAUAUCUGUGAAUAGUUUCUCAGUAUUGAAGAUUGCUUGUAUGAGUAACACAAGCUUGAAUGCUAAAAGGAUCUUUGUUCCAGCCCACCCCAACCAUUGUUCUGAACCUAAGUUUACUUUACUUUGGGAAACUUGGCCCAUCUUUUGUCAAGGGGAGGUGGCUUGGUGAAGAAAGGAUGAUGGCCUUUGUGGCCCUUCUCCUCUGAAGGAAACGCCACAAUGUGUUUAUGAAAUUUGAAUUGACUUUGCCAGAAUGAUCCUUUUUGUAACUCCCGGACGUGUGUCGUUAUAAGACAUACUUCUUAAUGGACAAGUAGGAAUGUUAGUUUAA